AUGCCGCUGCAUCGGACUGAGGGAUGGAAUUUGAAGUGGGAUCUUGGAACAAAGGCUGGCUCUGGGAUCUCGAGCAAAUUUACCGUCCCUGUCACUGCAGCUUCUGCUGGACUGACUGUUGGCACAGAGGCCCAGUUGGCAUUUCAACAAUCAAUUCAAAACUACUGGGACUUCGAUUCGCUCGAGUGCCGCAUCAUUCAGCCUACCAGAGGCUACAUCGACGACGUUAUGGAGAGUGACGAUCUUGCUAUAUAUUUCAAGAGGAAAGGGCUCUUAAAAUCGUCGUCUCUAUUUAUGAUAACAGGUGUCAUCAUUGCCCGCGGCGCCAAUAAUGUGACAGCAAUUGAGUCACGAGACAGAAGCAUGAAUGCAUCUCUCGGCGUAGAACUCCCCACCAUUGUCAGUUCCACAUUGCGCACUGACAUCAACCACUCCCAGCAUCGCGAAUCGUCCGCGCAAAAGUUUACAGACUUUGUUUGGGCGGUUCGGCUGGCCAAGAUAUCGCGAGGAAUGUUUGAUCGACAAUGGUCACACGAGACUGUUGCGUCUGGUGCCACGUUUAAUGUUGAUAAUGGAAUGACGACAGACAGCGAAAUUGUAAAGGUGUUGAGGGACAACGGGUUGGAGAUACCAAUCACAAGUCAAUUCAGAACUGGCGGCGACAUGUUUGUCAUUAAAUCAGACAUUUAUAUUUACAUCUUGUAUAGCUAA